GGGUGGACGGAAGAUGAAUCAUUUGGGGCACAGAGACUGAAAGGAUGUAAUCCUUCUGUCAUACGACAAUGUCAACAAAUACCAGACAAGUUCGCAGUUACAGCAGAAAUUGUCGAACCUUUUCUUGAGGGAAAGACUCUAGAAGAGUGCCUUAGCAACAAGAAAAUCUACAUCAUAGACUACGAGAUUCUCGAUCGUGUUAUGCAAAACGAUGACAGAUAUUUGUGUGCACCCCUUGGGUUGUUUUAUGUGAAUAGCAGAGGAAAAUUGUUACCAAUUGCCAUCCAGCUAGAACAGACA